AAGCCGUUGUCACGAGGCAAAUACGACGUUACGAUUACAAGCCAAAGAUGGAAGUGGAGCUACCAGUGAGGAACCGGCUCACAUACACAUCUAUGUGAUAGAUUCGGAAGCUAUGGCGCCUUCGUUUACACAGUCAAGCUAUUUGAUCAAAACCCCUGAAGAUAUUCUGCCAGGAAUCUCUAUCGGAUCUGUUCUGGCUACUGGCCCAGGCACCAUCCGAUACAGUAUCUACUCGGGCGACUUGGACCAUCAAUUCAUGAUUCAUCCCGAUACGGGUCGAAUUACAGUAGCCAGGUAUCUGGACGCUGACAAGAUCGAUCGCGUGGUACUGAAUGUCAAGGCUGAACUGGUCAACGGUGGCUCGAACCAUACCCAGGUUUUGAUUCUGAUAGAGGACCAUAACGAUAACCCUCCAAAGUUCCCAAUCGAUAUGUUAGAGAUUACAGUUAGCGAGAAUCAGACGCCACACGAACCGUUCUACAUCGUUCAAGCCACGGAUAAAGACAAGAGAAAGAAUGGUGUCAUAGUUUAUUCGAUACUAUCAUCUCAUCCUCCGUGUCCGGUCAUGAUCCAGCCACUUACCGGUCAACUUCAACUCACCGAGCCCCUCGACUUUGAAAAAAUCAAGGAUUACCGUAUCCGGAUCAAGGCUCAAGAUCAAGGAAUUCCCCCUCGGUCUUCAAACAUGACCCUUAUCCUGCAUGUCUCCGACUUCAACGAUAACGCACCGUCUUCGAAAAUUCCUAACUUUAUGAGUUGA